AUGUCAUUGGAGGACUUGCCGCCAGAGCUCAUUUCUCAUGUCUCCAGGUUGCUCUGCUCUGGAGACAGAUUACAAUUGCGACAAGUCUGCAAAUAUCUAGAGCGAUGUACCUUCCAGGAUUUCAGAAGGCGCUUUCGUAAAAUAGGGUUUCUCAUCACAACAUCUAGCCUUACGAUUCUGCACGGCAUCGCUUCCCAUCCCGAGCUAUCCAAGGCCGUGGAACACAUCUGGUUCAAUCCUGACCUCUUCACUCUCAGCCACAUCUUCACCAAUGAUGGUGUGCCUGAUCGGAGUCGGGCUGAGAAAUAUGGCGGUUCAGCCCUGACAACCUCUCAGAAUGAGAUUUAUGGACGAACCGUGAUGGAUCACCUAUCCUUGCUCAAUAAAGGUACAUUGACUGCGCAGCUUCUCAGAUCCAUAGAGAGUCUACCACGUCUUCGAACUAUAGGAAUGCGGAGAGGUACUAAGUUCCGGCCACUUGGGAGACUGUCACUGCAGAACGCUGUUGGACUGGAUCCUCGGCUGUUGGACCGUAUCCGACCCAUGCUCUUUUCAAAGUCACAUCUGUCGUCAACUACGAAGCUACUAGUCUGGCUUGUAAGGACCCUGUCGGAGCACACGAGCCAGCUGGAAAGGCUGUAUGUGGAUUGCAGCGAGUUGGACGAAAUUGCUCCAAAUUUCAUGACGGUACAGCAUUUACGCUUGGCCUGUCAUAACAUUCGCGAUCUGGAGCUCAAUGCUUUUGCACCACUUACAAUCAAGCAUAACUAUUGUCCCUCCGGAUUUAGUGGCGAAGCCCCUUACCCGAGAUCGCGGACACAUGACGUUCAGAACAUGCGAUCCAACAUGCAUCUCCUUGGGAAAGAGACAUUUGCGAUACCUGAGUGCGCUAGGCUCGGUUAUCGGAUCGUACAAAUACUAGGUGCGAUGCCUAUCCUCGAAUCUCUCGCUCUCUACGUCUCGGACAUAUAUUCCGCACACGCCAACUAUUGCACGUCUGCGGUCGACGAGGCAGGUGAUCCUCUACCUCAAGGGUACGCGUGGGCUGCCUUUGCGCGCAUCGCUGGUAAAGUCUCCAUGACCAAUCUGACCAGCUUGAAGCUGGACAGCAUCCGCACAACCGCGUUCUCGCUCAACAUGUUUCUCUCCUCGACGGCACUGAAGCUGCAGACUUUGAAACUCCGCUACAUCAAACUUCUCUCACCCGAUAACGAUAACGGUCAUCGUAAGCAGCCACUUUUACCAUGGAGGCGUGUUUUCUUUGCCCUUGCCAGCGAUUAUGCGAAUUUAUGCUGUGUGCUUUUCGACGGACUGCAGGUUUGGGAGGACCAAGCUGUGCUUUUCGCCGGUAGUUCAGACGAGAUCGAUGGGGAUGACUGGGACAUCGAUGAGCGCGACGCGGAUAUCAUUGAGAGGCUCAAGGGAUGCUUUCCCGCUACUGCAUCUCCCGUUUGUGAAGCUCAAGGCCUUCAAGUUGUUCGACACAGGCUGCGGAGCAUCACCAAAAACCAUUGGUAUAGACCGACAGGCGAGUGGGUCUCGCCUUUCCCGACAGAUUCUUGGUACUCUGAUAGCAGUGGUGACGAAGAUUGA